CUUCCAGCAGCCCCAGCCUGGGCCCGCGGAGGAUGACGAGGACUUCACUGACACAGGUAUGUACUUGCCACAUCUUCGACAGGAAAAAUUUCUUCAGCGCUUCUAACCAGUCUCUUCUUUCCAAUAUAAAAACAGACUCCGAAAUCUCAACCGACUCAAACUACGACCCGUCCGCCGACACGCUCGCCGACCGGCUGGGGGCGCUGCGCGAUAUGGUACCCGCCGCGGCGCGCGGGUGGAUCGGGCACAAGUACGAGCAGACCACGUCGGCGGUGAAAUCGGUGCUGCUCUUCGCGGGUCGCGCCGCCUGGACCGUCUCCGUCUCGGCCCUUCUCGUGGGUGUCCCCUUCGCCCUCGCCUGGGGCGAGGAGCAGAGCAUCCAGGCCAUGGAGCAGGAGCAGCGCAUGCGCGAGCUCGGCGGCGAGGUGCUCACCGCCGGUGCGGGCGGACAGGGUGGUGCGGGUGGUGCACAGGGCGGCAUGAGUACCGAGGAGAUUGCUGCUGCUCUUGGGGGUGCCGGGGCUGGUGGCAAAGCUGAGGCUAGGCCGGCUCUUUGAGGGCCUGCUUUCUCAUGAACAGAACGGAAAAGGGGAACGGGAACGGGAGGAUGGCAGACAACACUUUGCGCUCGCU